AUGCAAGGGCUUCGUUACCGCCCAGAUCUUCUCAAGGGUGUUGCCGAAGAGCUCACUAAUGAACUCGAGAAAUACGAAGGAUGGUUUUUGCUCGAGCCCCCAAAGUUGAAAAUGAUCUCGGAUCACUUUGCUCAAGAGCUAGAGAAAGGUCUUACCCUUGGGGGCCAAGAGAAAGGACGCAUUCUCACAGUUGAUCUGGGAGGAACAAAUAUCCGCGUAUGUGAUGUCUGUCUUUCCGUGGGGAAGCGAGAGUUCGAGCAACGUCAACGAAAGUACAAGCUUCCGGAAGAAGUCAAGACCAGCACAAAAGAGGUAUUGUGGGGGUUUAUUGCGGACAGAGUUGAAACGUUCCUCGGUGAAAGCCACAGUGAUAUCAAUGCUUCAAACCCACUGCCAAUGGCGUUCACAUUCUCAUUCCCAGUGGAGCAAAGGUCCAUCCGCAGUGGGAUUCUGCAGCGCUGGACCAAGAACUUUUGUGUUUCCGGUGUAGUAGGGCAUGACGUAGUACCACAGCUGGAAGAAGCACUUGCGAAGAAGGUAAAGAUUGGUAGCAUUUUCAGUACUGGCUGUAAUGCAGCAUAUAUGGAGGAGUGCCGGAAUAUCCCUAAGCUGCGUGAUGCAGGCCUGCCCGAAGAUGCAACUGUAGUCAUCAACACCGAGUACGGCGCCUUUGAUAACGAGGGCAAGGUACUACCCUUGACUCCCUUUGACCGUCAAAUUGACGCAGAAUCCGCCCAUCCAGGCACGCAGAUUUAUGAAAAGAUGGUGGCUGGUUUGUACAUAGGAGAGAUGUUGCGUCUGGUGAUGCUGAGAAUGCACGAGAAAGGUAUACUCUUCAAGGGCCAAGAUGUCUCGCGUCUUCGGACCGCGAAUUCACUGGAGACAUCAUUUCUGUCCAGUGUCGAGAUGGACAUUUCAGAGGGCCUCACUGACAUGAAAGAGGAGUUCAAGGAGAACCUCAACCUGGAACUCUCGCUGGACGAGCUGAAGGCGUGUCGUCAUCUUAUCGGCGUUAUCGCGAUGCGCGCAGCGCGUCUCUACGCGUGUGGAAUUGCGGCCAUCUGCAAGAAAAAGAGUAUUCGUCAGUGCCACGUUGGGGUGGAUGGCUCAGUGUUCAGUAAAUAUAGUAUGUUGAAGGGACGGGCAGUCCAGGGCCUUCGUGAUAUUUUUGAUUGGGAGCCAGACAGAUUGGACUUGAUUGCUCUUAACUCGGCCGAGGAUGGGUCUGGAGUAGGAGCAGCAUUAGUUGCAAGUUUGUCUCUUGACCCAAGCGAAUUGGCAAACUGUAACACGGAGGAAUAUAUGUAA